GUCCGAGUACUACAACGACAUUGCCACGACAUGACUCAUCUCUGCCACUACAUCGCUCUUCUUCGGUGCUGCUUCGUCAGGGGCAGACAUCGCAGGACCAUGGCAUGGGCUUGGAUUCGAAGCCCGAGCUGUAUCUUUCCCCAAACCCAUAUGCAUACACAGGAUAUGGCGCAUACACUCAAGGUGAGGGAUCUCAGCCGUAUCUCUCCACGCGAGGGAUCUCCAUGCCCGAGGAGACUCGUGUCCCAGAUUUAAACCAGUACCAGGUAGAAUGUCCAGACAGUACAUGCGAGGGAUCUGAUCAGGGCAUACCUGAUGUAAAUUGGGACGAUGAGUACACCCAACCUGGCGACAAUGUUAACGCAGUAGAUAUAAAUUUCUUCAGAGAGGACGUUAUUGGCCCAUCUUUUAUCCCUGAGGAGUCACAACAACCAUACGCCUACAAUUACGCAUCAGGUUCGCAACAAGUAUUACAGACUCCACCACCUAUGCAGGAGUCGUAGACACAGGAAGACCAACUGGAGUACGAUCGCGGUCUUCAUGUAACUCGACCACCUAAUCGCUUGGAGCUUUCCGGUCCGAAGGGAAGGCCAGGUGGCCGUCGUCGACUACAAUGAUUAAUAUAUUCACGUGUGCGACCCAUUGUAUCUACAUA